AUGCUGUCGAGUUUUGCACGGACGGUGGGCGACAAAGUGACAUCCGAUCUUUCAGGUCCGAGUUGGCAAUCCGACCCUGGGAGGAUGGAAAGUAUGAUUGAGAAGAGCGACAAGAUUGUCGCCACCACGUCGCGGCGAGGAGGCACCACGGAACCACGGGCACGUAAGUACGCAGCACCCAUGGAUCCGGAGCUGAGAUGGGUUCGUGGAAAAAACGGUGAUGCUCUCUCUUUCCACCUAUCUUUCGACAGAGGUAAGGCGGGCAACCUAACCUGGAAGGCCUCACACCCCGCAUGGUUGGAAAAGGAAGGCACCAGACCAAGGAUGUACCUGCAGAUGCAGGAAGAGGAGCAGGAGCAGGAUUACUUCUUGCCAGCUGCGGCCAACCUGGAGAAGGCACAUGCCAAAUUCCUUCCUACCCACUUCCCUUCCAUCUCUUCCCAAGUUUCCAUCGAGUUUUCUUUGGCAAGGCGGCAGGGGGAGCAAGGAAAGUUGCUGCCGUUGGGAAUUGGCGAACGGGAGUCCCGGUGCCCUGUUGAAGGCGCUCCCGAGUCCCCAUUCUCCCACCUACCUCAUGCAGCAGCUACCUACUUCCAAGACCUAAGGAUUUUCCCUUCGUUUUCAUGGGCCGAGACUCCCAUAUCCACAGUCGAUGCGGGCCCUCGACAAGAAACGCAACAACGUCUAGAUUUUGAUGGCCAACCACCCAACCUCACUGCUCACUUUGUGGUACGUGUGCGGCGUGCCCCAACUCUGACCACCCCCACCACCACCGAAAUUUUGACCAGAAAAGUUUUUUCCACAGAAAAGAAAAAUGAUUGCUGUACCUUACAGGAAACGCAGAUGCAAGGAACACCGCGAGAUGCAGCCUGUCUGCGCACGCGAGGCACGACCAGCGCCUUUACCCCUCAUUCGCCCUCGUCCUCCCCUUGCACCACCCCGCUUCAUCCUCACCACACCCUCACGAUACUCGGAAUUCCCCCGCGACCUGUCACUGCUGUUCGGAUUCAUGUUGCACCAAUUCUUGCCUUAUCGAUAGAUAUCAUCCUUGACGUCCACCUCACUUGCAAGCCAGGGAGGGACAACGCCACGAUACUUCGUAUGAACGUUACCUUGGUGCCGGUACGCCAGGUUCAGCCUGGACCGCGCUUUGAGAGGGACUCGGGCUUGGCCAGGCUCGUGGAGUCGUGGAAGAUUCGAUCCCUGAACGCUGCGAUACUGCGGAUAUGCCACACUCUAUCCUACACCUCUGGGGACAAGGUGCAUGUGUCAACUCCACGGCCGUCUCGUCUCGUCCAGAUCACAGAUCCAUCCGCCCGGGCCUCGCAAUCUGGGAUGUCAGAGGCAACCGACGGGAACGCAGUUUGCAUCGGUACAAUUCAGCCUAUGCGAAAGCUAGGUCGUGCAGUGAUGGCAUGCUGGUUGGUUUUCGACUUUGCGGACCAACAGCAACUAGCACCAACCGCAAACUCAUCUAGCUUCCCGAUCCAUCAGAGUGUAUCGAAUGUCGAUUUGCCCCUCUUCAAUCAAGCCUUCUGGCUCUUGAGAAAUGACCAGUCACUCGGGAGCUGCGCCGCUUCAAGUCCUAGCUAUAAUGUGGCACAGAGCAGAGCGUCGUUUGCAACGGUAUCCGCAUCUCUUUGUUCGCCGCCAAUCCCGCACGUUUCAACGGCUCGACUUAUCCUCUCCGUUGCUUUCUACCUUUCCGCAUUGGGCGGCCGGGUUGGAAGCAGAUUGAUUUCGCUGACGCCAGAGCUGUCCCAAGAUGAAAUGAAGGGCGACGGCGAUGACUUCAGUCGGCAGCUCAAGUCGCGUAACGAGAGUCUGGUUUCCACAAUGCUGAAGAGAGACCUUUCCAUCGUCAUCGCCAUUACCUUUUCAGCUUCAGGCAACUACAAGUCUCGACUAUGGUACGGCCUUCUUCCCACUAGUCUUCUAGCUGAGACGUUAGCUCUCUGCAUAAAAUUGCAGCAGAGCACCUCCGGCACCAAUGCUGCCACAGAGCGAUGGAUGGACGAUGCACGCACAAUGGGUCAAACCGCUGCGCCGCAGCACAAAGCGGGCACAAACCGGCUCGAUCCCGCGGCUUGCACCAUUGACAACCGACUCGACUCGUUUCUGGCCUUAUCAUCUUGUCAUUAUCGCUCUGUGUGGUCCCGGUCUCUACCCAUGCAGCCAUGCAUAGAGUCCAGGUCUCUCGCGCAGCGGAGACAGCAUACAUUAUCAGCAUAUCUUCCGGUGCACAUCGGUGUCGAAGCGGGCUAUGCUAGACACUAUAUCAUCUGCAAUAGGUAUUUGACCGUCGCACGCGUGGUUCUCACAGCUGGGAAAGUUCCGGUGAGCUUGUGCCAGGGUUCCAUGUCCGGUCAAAACCCUGGCGAUUAUCCAAUCACCAAUUUGCCUCCGUUCAUGCGACCACGCAACCACGUCAGGGCUUCCAUACAAGUGGUGUUUAUCAGCCCCGGUCUUGCUGCGCGCACCCAUGAUUCGCCGGACGCUCAGCGUAUCCGUACCUUGCAUAUUGCAAGCUUUGAGAUGCUACAGGCCACUCAGUGCCCCGAAGGUGCCAAGGUACAGUAUGCUGGGCAUCGCGGCAUCCCACAACUUUCCAAGCUUCCUCUCCCCCUCACCAAAGCAACUAAUCCCAUUACUCAGGCUCUCCAGCGAAUGGGUAUGCUCUUGGUAUCAGCGACCCAGCAGCCCGAAAAUGCCAGUAUUAUUAUCGUCGAGAAUGCGAACAACGUCAAGACGCUCUCGAGUAGUUUCCGACGGUCAUCCCACCCACUGCCUAAUUCCUUGGGGUUUGCUGGCUUGCUGAGAAGAAGACUACGGGGAACCGGCAGCAUAACGCUUGGGACCGUUCUAAAGCCCUACGAAGAAAAGUGGCUUUUCGAAUUGUGCUAUCUCAGCGGAGGCCACGGGGAGGAGCCAAGUGCCUGGCUCAGAAUCCUUUCGCCACCCCCGGGUCUUCCAACAACCCGACCUAACGUGUGGAUUCACCAUGUAGGAAUAUACUUCCGACUGCAAAAUUUUCCUCCAUUGACCCCGUUUUACAAAGAUAUGUCCACUGAACAACAAUCCACACUAGAAUAUCAGCUAACGGUCCAUGGUAGAUCAGCAGCCGACCAUUGUCAUCCGCUGGAACUCUCCGACCGCCGCUUCCCUAAAGCUCCCCACCGAGAGCCAUUAAAAGCCACGGAUGGCGCAAUUUCGAUGUCCAAGGACGGAAUUCCCAAUUGUACCCGCGGGCCCUUCUUUUCUCUCUGGGAAGUUCCCUUCUCCAACGCUCCAAUUCACCUCCAACGACUUGGGUGCCUGGCUGGUGGACAUGGUACUUUGGGCGGCCCGGGUAGGAAGCCGUGGGGUCCCGGCCCAGCCAGUGGCACCGAGACCCCCAACGGCGACCAGGCCCAAAAACGGGCCUUGGUCCUCGCCGCAACCGGGCAUGAGUCUGGAAGAUCGCCAAAGGGACCUCCAACGGGCCCGAAGAUGCUUUGGAGCCUGGGGCCGCCGUUUAGCCUGACUGUCCUGACCCGACUACCCCAAGAAGUCGAUGAGCAUAUUCACCGCUAUCGCUAUCGCCAACCAUCCGGUCACGGACUGGGCAGGGGCUUCACUUGGCGUGGAAGAUCCUCCGGGAUCAAGAACGUUCCCGGCCAAGUCAAGCCCGUGGGGUGCCUCACUAUUGUUCAGCAGCCGGAGCACUGGAUAGCCGACAAGUUUUCCCUUUUUACGGACACUCUCUUCUCUUCUGCCGUGGCACGCGUGGAUACGUGGCGUUACAGACCGGACUCAUUGCUUCCCGACGGGGCACUCCAACUCGUCUCGUCAGGGGUACCCCGUCGCACCGGUCAAUACAAGGGGUUCCUCCGGAGUGGCCAAUGGGCAUUCCCGCGGUCGUUAGCCCAUAGGCCUCCAGGCUCCAAGACCUUCGAGAAGGGCACCAUGGUUAUCAUGACGCAGCGCCUUGUCACGAUGGAGCCGUUUCUCAUGUUGCAUCCUUCCAUUGUUCUAGAAGGCAUAGCUUCGUCACCACGUAUCAGACUGCCCGAGUCUAGCCGUGGUUUCUCGACGCCAGCCAGUCGUUGGAACUUAGCCACGAGGUAUCUCAGUAUACAUAAACGUCUGUCACUAAUCGGCCCAUUCCCAUUGAUGACUAUGUCGAUCGAACCGUCUUCAAAACAGCAUUUCGACCUCGGCAGAGGAUUCUCCAGAAGCCACCCGCCUUUGCCCGGUCAAAUACUCGGUGCGGUGGAGUCCCUGGUGUCACCCCGGAGCUCGCCAUCGGCACGACCCAUUCACGAUUUCCAAGAUGGCAACGUGGAAGACGACCAGGCCAGGGUCCUAACAGGCCUCCCGCUUGUCCCGCCGAUGGUUCGUCAGUGGUUCACAGCCAAGCGCGAUAGGCUCCAAUAUCUGCACCAGAAAGGCGUCCACCUUCCGUGGGAAGUGAUUAGCGUGGGGAAUGGGAGAUUGAGCGUCCCGGAAUCCAACCUCAGCUUUUGUCAUCGCCAUCUCAAAGCUGGAAACGGACAGGAAGCCGAUGCAUCUAUCAACACAACGAAAACGUGGAAACCGAGAACAUCAUACCGCCAGGGUAAGAAAAACCAUGGCACGAGUCGAUGCGCGGGUCCUCAGGUGAGCGGUCAAUGUAAUAUGCUGCACCAGAAACUUGGAAAUCUUCAAUAUCGGGAGCCAGUAAGAAGCCAAGGCGCUUCCAAGAUAUCAAUGUUUGCCGGAUGGGUGAUCGCGGGCAAACAGCCGUUUCCGACACAGCAUGCGCGAAUAUUGUCAAAACUUAUGGACCACAGAAAACAAGCUACAACCCCACCACCAAAACGACUAGAGGGAACAGACACGAGAAAAACUUGGCAUCCCGUCUACCUCGGACUCGGAAACUUGUUGAUGUUAGCCUGGGGAGAGGCAAAGUUGGAGGGAAACUUCACCUGCAUCAUGCCGAGUGAUGAAUGCCUUACUGCGUGGACAAAGAAGUCCGCAUGGUCGCAAAUGCAGGUGGUUGAAUACCUAUCUGUGCAAAGUCAGGCGAGCAUGCAUAUGGCAACACUCACUCAGCCUAUGCUGCAACUUGCACCCGAGAAAACGAACGGCGUGUUCCUGAAGCAGAGAUGCGGUGGAGGGGUGGGUGGGUUCCAGCCUUCGUCCGCCACCAAGAAACCCAUUGCUUUCCAGCAAACCGGCUGUCUCUCCGGGCCUCCGGGUACACCGGUGUCUUCUUUCCGGGGAUUAGGGCGGGCUUGGGCGGAGUGGUGGGUUGCAUUUUGCAGCUUGAUGCAGGCAAAGGGCUCGCUCAGGCACACGGCGCACAAGGCCGCAUUCAAUUUCUUGUCCCGAUUUUACUACAUCAAAAGUUGGCUACAAGUGGUCAAUGAGACAUCGCGCGAAGACCUACGUCGACGCAACCCAACGCUUGACGCAGCAGUCUCUCUAGUCAAGUCUUUCUCUCCACACGAUGUGUGUCGUCGCCACAAGUUCUUGAUGAUCAGGGCGCCGGAAGGCAUGAUGUUGUUGACAAAGUAUCGAGACCUUCUCGCUCGAGACCCGGCCAUGAUGAAGCAUACGCCUCUGGCCCUCCAAUGGACCCUGAACCUGACCACGUUGAUGGCUUUCUUUGAAGAUCCGAAUGGGGCUCUGUCCAACUCGGGCGGGGGCGCCAUCUUCAUGCGGAAGAGGACCUUGCGUUGCAACACUACCAGAAAGCCCCCGGCUCGCGGAAUACUUGACGACCUAUGCUUGAACUGGUUCUCACCGCUGAAUAUCGAAAUUCGGGGUCGUCACGUCUGCCGAAUAAUUCUGUCGAUCUUCACCCGUUUGUGCCUGGGGAAAGUCUUCCCUUUUACCGAAGACUCAGGAAAGGUGUGUCCUUCGAUGUGUCCGAGGUGGCUCGGAUGGGACGUGGAUCGCAGCAAGACGUACGAGACAUCCACUAUUGCUGUCGGCAGUGGCCUAGAUGCAGCAGGCAUUGCUUCUUGUCGGCCCUCUGCCGCCCAAAGAAAAAAUGAUGCUCCCAUAGUCAGACAGCGGCUGCGCUUCCUGCGUCCCCCGCCCGCUCGAGCAGUCAACGAACCCCGCACAUUCCGGUUUGGCCCUCUGUAG